GUGUUGGAUGAUCGAAACUUUAUGGGCAAAUGCUCGCUUUAUACACCCGACUCCGGACUGGCCGACAUGUGUCAUUCAGCAGAUGACCAGCCACCCCACUCUUGCUCCUCUUUGCCCUCAGCUUUUCCUCAUACGGAGAAAAAGAGGAGACUCGGACUACUCCGCACGAUUAUCUACAACUCGCUAUUAACGCCGCUGCCAUUAUCACAGUCUAGCUUAUCUCCGCAGCAGGAUGACCAUCCUGCUGCUGUCUUUCAGAUAGGACGGCCAACAUGGCCAAUGAUAUUGCCAUCAGAUCCUCACUACGCUCACCGGAAUCAACUUAUAAAGUGCCGCCUAAAUCCCCUCCUCGACAGCCACGUACGCAAAAGAGAAAGAGAGAGUAACCGAUCGUAACUAUGACGAAGAAAGUGACCGAUACCCUCACCGUUGUCGAUCCCGAAAACACCGAUGUCAUCAAGGGAGAAAGUGAGCUCUUGGGAGCAAGUGAAGAUGUUGGCUAUCACCGAUCGCUCGGUCGUCGUCAGAUCAUGAUGAUGACCUUUGGUGCUGGCGUCGGGACCGGCUUAUGGGUCGGUACAGGCACUGCCUUGAAGUAUGCUGGACCUGGUGGGAUCGCCGUUGCAUACACGAUUACUGCGCUCGUGGUAUAUGUGCAAUAUACCUCCAUCGGAGAGAUGACAACAUUUAAACCGGUCCAUGGCGGAUUUAUCAGACAGUGUAUCGAGUACGUGGAGCCCGCCUUCGGGUUUGCGGUCGGCAUCAACUUUUGGUUCUCGUGGGUGCUUUGCAUUCCCGCCGAAAUUACCGCGGCGGUCUCCGUGCUUGAAUUCUGGCCGCAGACGGAGGUUAUCCCUCUUGCAGCAUAUAUCACCAUUUUCCUGGUUGUCAUUGCCGCGGCCAAUGCAUUUGGCGUUCGGAUCUACGGCCAUGUUGAGUAUAUCAUGUCGUUUACCAAGUGCCUGGCAAUCGUCGUCAUGAUCUUCUUCAUGAUCAUCAUGACUUCGGGGGGCAUCCCAGGCACGCAUGGUGCGAUCGAAUUCCGCUACUGGCGCAAUCCCGGUGCAUUCAACAAUGGUAUCAAAGGGAUCUCCAAGGCAUUUGUCCAAGCACUGUUCAGCUUUGGUGGCGGCGAGCACAUCGCAGUCAUCGCUGGAGAGGCCAAGGAUCCUCGUCGGACCAUCAGAAAGACAGUGUACCCAGUCUUCUGGCGUAUGUUUUCGUUCUUUGUGGUCAACAUCUGGCUUGUGGGCAUGUGCGUUCCUUACAACGAUGAUAACCUCAUCAAUGGCAGUGGCACAAUGGGGAGUCCAUUUGUCAUCGCCAUUGAGCGGGCCGGCGUGAUGUGGCUAGCACAUAUCAUCAAUGGGUUCAUCUUCCUGACGGUGAUCAGUUGUGGAAUCACCAGUGCAUACAUUGCUAGUCGCAGUCUUGCUGCAUUGUCCGACAUGGCUAUUCUGCACCCUUUCUUUGGUCGGAAGGACUCUGCUGGCAGACCAUAUGUUUCUCUGACCAUCAGCACUGUCCUCGGAGGGGCCUUGUGCUAUCUGAACUGUAACGCCACGGGGGCUACCGUAUACAACUGGUUCUCUUCUCUGGUGUCUGUCUCAGCCCUCUUCCAAUGGUCCAGCAUCUUCAUCUCCCAUAUCCGAUUCCGGCGGGGCCUUGCCGCGCAAGGCAUCAGCACACGGACGCUUCCCUUCCGAGACCGGACGGCUCCUUACUCCCAAUACCUGGGCCUCCUGGUGGUUCUUUUCAUCGCAGGCUGCGAGUUCUACUUGGCGUGCUUCCCCUUCGGCGAGCAGGGGUCUGCAAAGUCCUGGUUCUCAUCGUACAUAGCUGCCCCGUUAUUCUUCCUGGAUUAUUUCGGCUACAAAAUCUACUUCCGCUCCAAGCUAGUUCGUCCGAUAGAUAUGGACUUCACGGCGGCUCAUGUUUUUGAUGAAGAGGACCGGGCCAGGGCGACCGUUGGCUACGAGACCCAAAGCCGGACAGACAAAAAGAUCGGACAGUCCAUCAAGGAUCUGGUUUUUGGUUGAGCUCGAGCGAC